UGCUCAUUUGUCAUAUCAUCAUGAAUGUUUUGCAAGAGCAGGCCUUUGUACAUGCUUAAUCUUGUCCCUAACACCUACAAACUAACCUGUAUGUGUUCCUCUCUACUAAAAUAGUGUCCCUGAUCCUGUUGUGCUUUGUGCAUGGGCAAUCCCCAUCAGAAGGGGUGAGUGACAGAUGAGCUUGAAUACUGAGAACAAGGAGGAGUUAUGAGAUAUAACCAAGGGCUAAGAGUUGCAGAGGACUAGCCACUUGAAGUAAAGCCAAAGACCUUUGGAGUGACAGAAACUAACUGGGAACCCAGUGGGAAAGGAGCACUGUUGUUUCCUCUUCUGCAUUCCCACCCCACAUCCUUUUGCAUAGAUCCCAGAGUGCUAUAUGUUUUCGCUGGAAGCAUCCCUUGUUUUGUCACCUCACUUUUCCCCGAUUGCAGUGAAAACACAUGUCACAGCUGCGGAAUUCUGAUGAGUGAGCAAUGAUGCGUUUGGCCUGUUGUCUAUUCAGUAUUCAGGGGGCGAGGUGGCAGUUAAAGUUGGUUUGGCACUGAACAGGGUGGGCAGUUACCACUAACUCAGCUGCUCCCCUGAUCUAUCACCACUGAAGGAGGGAAAGAGAUGGGGGACUCAGGCAAAGAAGAAUAUAAAAUACACACGUUUGAUACAGAGAUUCAGCAGCUACUCAAAACAGCCCUCAAAGACCCCAGCAGUGUAGAUCUGGAGAAGGUUGCCAACGUAAUUGUGGACCAGUCCCUCAAAGACUCUGUGUUCAGCAAAGAGGCCGGGCGCAUCUGCUACACCAUCAUCCAGGCGGAGAGCAAACAGGUGGGCCAGAGUGUCUUUCGGCGGGGGCUCCUCAACCGACUUCAGCAGGAGUAUAAAGACCGGGAUGAACUGCGAGCCCGUUCCCUCCAGGCCUGGAUCUGCUAUGUCACUUUUAUCUGUAACAUCUUUGACUACCUGAGGGUCAAUAACAUGCCCAUGAUGGCACUGGUGAACCCAGUUUACGACUGCCUGUUCCGACUGGCACAGCCAGAGAGCCUGCGGAAAGAGGAAGAGGUGGACUGUCUGGUGUUGCAGCUACACCGCAUUGGUGAACAACUUGAGAAGAUGAACACGCAGAGGAUGGAUGAGCUUUUUUCCCUCCUGCGAGACGGUUUCCUCCUGGAGGAGGGCCUUACCUCCCUUUCCCAGCUACUCUUGCUUGAGAUCAUUGAGUUCCGGGCUGCCGACUGGAAAAUGACAGAUGCAGCCCAGAAGUACUAUUACAGUGAGGUCGCAGAUUGAGCAGCCAGUUGCUCACCCUGGCUCAUGCUGCCCAAAGCCAGAGUUUGAAUUUCCACUCUGAACCUUUGCACCAGCAAACUUCACAUAACAACAACAAAGCUGCAAUUAUUUUUAAUACUUCCCUCCCCCCCACCUGAACCCUAGCACUUUUUGUAUAUAGAAUGUAUAACUUGCUCCCUCGAUAGAUCUUUUGCGCUGGCUGAAAUUGGGGAGCUGGGAGAGGAGAAAAGGGUCGCAUUCUGCCACCGCCGCUCCCAUCGUGUUGCACUAAAUAGGAACCUGUAUUAAUCACUGCCGCAAGCUGGACUGACAUUUGACACAGGGUCGUUCUCUACGAGAAGCUUAUGUGUAUAUGCUAAUUUUAAUGUAUUCAGCCUUAAAACAAAAAAGGCUAUGGUUUAAAACCAGCCUAGUGAUAACAUUAUUUACUCCAAAAGCACAGUAAGCCUAAGAAUCUGUCUCCCUCUGCAGCAUGUGGCAGUUUGUUAUUUUGUGCUCUGUUCCAUAGCUGUUCUGUUUGCCCUUUGGUUGAGAAGGUGAUUCUGUAAUCAAAGCCCAAGCGUGGCAUUUCAGUUUCCUGCCUUGUAAACCCAUUUUGGAUGCUUUCAGGAGCCUCGUUUGCUCUCUGUUUACAUGCACUCACUAUGAGGCACGAGGGGUAUCAGAAACUUUACCACUGUUCUGAAAUCAAAGAAAGGUGGCUCAUUCAGGUACUAGUUCUUCUAUUAACAACCUACAACAGAGACCUUCUCUUUUAUUGUCCUACUCCUUGUUGUUUUUUUAAAGGCAGAUUUUUUACUUCUAGCAUGCACGCAGGGGUGGAAAUACUUUUGUGACAGAUUAGUAUUAAAAACAGUAUGCAUUGUUCUCACAAACAAUGGUGCAAUUUGAAAAAAUGUUUUAUUCCCUUUCCUUUGUCAUAGGAAAAUAAUACACCUGGAAGCGACAAUUCUAGGUGUAUAACACCAAUUUCAUUGAUAGGUGGUUCAGAACUGGACUGCUUUAAAAUGCUCCCUGGUGCAGUUAGACUACCCCUCCCUGAACACACAAAGUAGCAUGGCAGGGCAAGCCUGGAACUCUUCUCUUUGCCAUGCUAGCAUUGCAAAAGCAAGGUUUUUUUUGAAGAAGAGCAUUCAGUCAUGUCACCCCCAACCGGCAGUCUGAAAUAAGACAACCCCAGGAGGCCUUUGCUGGGUUGAUUGCGUCUCACUUAGCGUGGAAGUAUAUGCUAUCAGAAUCAAGGGGCCCUAUUUCCAAGAAAAUAUAUUUAGGAUUGGGAGAGGGGCAGUCUUUCUCUCUGCUUAUUGGCUGCAUAAUAACAGCCCUGUUAAAUUUGCUUAGGGUUUUAGAUUCUUAAAGAGGCUAUGUAAUGCUACAACCCAGGGUUACCCAAAGAAGCUAAAGGGUAGGAGAGGCAGGACAGACAAAACGAAGGCUUCCUUCGCACAGUACAUAAAUUAUGGAAUUCCCUACCCAAAGAUGUGCCAACCUGGAUGUAUUUAAGGAGGGAUUAGACUCAUUCAUGAUAAAGCUGUCAGUGGUUACUAGCCAUGAUGGCUAUUUAUUGCCUCUGAAUACCAAUUGCAGAGGAAUACAAGAGGGGGGAGUGCUAUCAUGAUCCAUUUCCUGCUUAUGGGCUUUGCAUAGGCAGCCAAUUGGCCGCACAUGGGAACAGAAUUCUGGACUGGAUAGGAUUGUGAUCUGAUCCAACAGGGCUCUUAUUAUGUCCACAAUGUUCUCCUGAGGUCAGGGGACAAAUUCAUGACUGUGGUGUGGCUUAUUCACAAGAGUAUUGUAAAGAUUGGUGCCCAGUUAUUGGCUCCAUGUGUGCUGCUUAAUAAUUUUGAAACAGCAUGCCAGGGUCCAAACCCUGACACUUAACCAGCACUUUCUUUUCUGACAGGAUGCUUUCAUGAGUAUAUUGAUUCUUCCGUAGCUGCAGGAGAAGGAUGCUCAACUGCUUUCUAACCUGCAGCACCCAAUAUGCUCUUACUCCUUUCUUCCCAACUGCCGGCCAGCUCAGGUGUAGCUAACAGCUAAAGGCAGUGCCUUCUCCCUGCAGGAGGUGUGAAGCCAACACUGUUCGAAAGCCUCACUCCACAGCAGAAUUAUUCCCUUGGGAACAUGUAGCUAGAAACUGAUUUUGUAACUUUUAUACAACAGCAACUUUGAACAACAGUAUUGUACAUUUGUUAAGAUUGGUUCUCUUUGGAACUUUUAAAAAUAAACAUUUUACACUUCUGCA